AAUGGCUUCAAAAUCAACAAGAAAAGUCGUUCCAGUAAGUAAAAUCUCUUCUAUUCCAUCUAUCGAAGCUGAUAAGCUUGCAGCAAGUAACCACACCUCAAAUUCUAUUUCACCACCGUUUAAUACUAAAAGUAUGAAAACUCCUACUAAAGGAAAGGAGUUGACUGAAGAUUUUAAUCGUCAAGCAAUUAAAACAAAGUGGAACAGAAAUAAGGAAUUUGGAAAGAUUCUUAUAGUGUGCUGUGUCCCGAUUGUUAUCUUAUUGAUUGAAUCAAUAAUAGCCGUGGUUAAUGCACUUGUUUUAUAUAAUUUAACUGUAUCUGUGAAAGAUUCAAUAUCAUUUAGCGUUCAGAUAAGUGGAGUUAUACACGCACUUCAAAAGGAGAGAGGCAGUACUGCCCUAUUUGUUAGUUCUAAGGGAUCUCCAGAAGUUUUUGAAGACUUAUCUCGUUUCAAAUAUGUUGAAACUGACGAAGCUCUAACUAAUGUUAAAGGAUGGAGAAAAACAGCCAGUUCUCCGAGAUAUUUGGAUUCAAGACAAAGUUUACACGAAUACAUUAAAGAAAAUAGACGUAAUUUGGACGGUAAAACGUCUCCGGUAAACGAACAAAUUACAUUCUUUUCGGAGGCAAAUAAAGCACUCAUUCAAAUUCUAGUUGAUGGUAUAAUUAUUGCAAAAAAUUUACCACAAUGGAAUGAUUUAGUCGCUUUCCAUUUAUUAAUACAUGGUAAAGAAAUGACUGGUAAAGAAAGAGCAAUCGGAAGUACAUUCUUCGGCAGAGGUUACAUGCCUCAGUCGGAUCUAGUUUGCCUAAAAGAGCAGACAGAUGAACUUCAAGAUGAGAAGCAAAAGACCAAGUUCCUUUUAUUAAGGAUAUUACCCGGAUCAAUAGCCGAAAGACUCUUAUCGAGCGAGGAAAUUGAGCCUGAACAUUUUGAAUCAGCUACGGUCUAUUUCUCCGAUAUAGUUGGCUUCACUGAUAUUUCUGCCAGAUCUACUCCUCUUGAAGUUGUUGAUAUGCUUAACAUGUUGUACAAAUUAUUCGAUGAGAAGACGGAUAACUAUGACGUCUAUAAAGUAGAAACUAUAGGUGACGCCUAUAUGGUUGCAUCAGGCGUUCCUAGGAGAAACGGUUAUUCUCACGCUAAAGAGAUAGCUAAUAUGGCUUUAGAUUUAUUACAUUCAGUUGGCACAUUGUCCGUUUGGCAUCUGGACAAUUCGACGCUAAAAUUAAGAAUAGGGAUGAAUAGUGGCCCUGUGGUAGCUGGCGUUGUUGGACUGAAAAUGCCGAGAUAUUGUCUAUUCGGGAAAACGGUCAAUAGAGCUAAUUUAAUGGAAUCGAAGGGAUUACCUCAAUGUAUCCACAUUUCAUCAUCAACAUUCGACCUUCUCACCUUGGCUGGAGGCUUUCAAUUCCAGGAAAGAGAGUCCACGCAAAUACAAGGAUCAGAAGAAAUUAUCACAUAUUGGUUAAUUGGUUCUGCCAAGUGGCCAUCGCCAAAAGGUUACAAGAUCGAGGAAAUCCAGUAUAAGCCAUCACAGACGCAUGCGAAUACUCAAGCGUAA